GCCUGGAGCAACUUAAUAUUUUCCUCUUAGCGCAAACAUUGGAACACUCUGUCCUGCCUUUCUGGGACCAGGAUGCACCUGGGCUGGGUUUAAUCCUCAAAUUGGUCUCUACAAAAGAAAGGAAUGGGCAAGAAGAGCCCUAGGGUUGGGGGUAGGAGAGAAUAGGCCAGCCCCACUUCUCCCUGGCCCAGCAUGGAGCCAGAGUGCAGAUCAAGUGGCUGCCCCUUUAAAGUUUCAUGCAGGGCCUGUAAUGCUACCCAGCUGCUCCCCACCCCCAGCCUAGAAGGUGGGCAGGUCCUUGUCCCUCCCAUUUUACCCCUAUUUCUUUCUCUGGAGGCCCAUGAGAGGGAGACAGGCAGGAGGACAGGCCACCCAGAUGAAGAGCCUUCUGUCUCCUAAGUGGCCACCUAGCAGGGUAGGGGGCGCUUAGAUGUUCUCAGUACAUAGCUCUCUGGUUCUCUGCUAAUACCACCCGGCAUGCGAAUGCAAACCUUGAGUGUGCCUGGUAGGGACCAUGUGACUCUUAGAUGUGACAGCAUACAUGGUGUCAGACAUAUGUAGUGGCUUCUGUUGUGAUUUCACAGAAGGAACUGAGGUCAAGGUGAGUGGCUUGAGUUGUAGCAUCUGCCUAUGAGGAAAACCCUUCCUGGAUUCUGCCCUACUUCCCACCAGGCCUGCUGGAGGCAGGAAGAACUGAGCAAGUCUGGGUCUAAUUCUGCUCUGUUUUGUGCUAAUUCGAUGGUGUCACCAUGUUGUGCACCCUGUUCCUGCUACUGCUGGCCCUGGGCACAGUGCAGACAACUCGGCCAUGUUUCCCUGGCUGCCAGUGUGAGGAAGAGACGUUUGGCCUCUUUGACAGUUUCAGCCUGAUCCGAGUGGACUGCAGCAGCCUGGGCCCCCACAUUGUGCCUGUGCCCAUCCCUCUGGACACAGCCCACCUGGACCUGUCUUCCAACCGGCUAGAAACCGUGAAUGAGUCAGUCCUGGGAGGGCCAGGCUAUACCACACUGGCUGGCCUGGAUCUCAGUCACAACCUCCUCACCAGCAUCACGCCCACUGCCUUCUCCCGCCUUCGCUACCUGGAGUCACUGGACCUCAGUCACAAUGGCCUGGCAGCCCUGCCAGCAGAGGUUUUCACCAGCUCCCCCUUGAGUGAUAUCAACCUGAGCCAUAAUCGACUUAGAGAGGUCUCAAUAUCUGCCUUCACCACCCACAGCCAGGGGCGGGCACUGCACGUGGACCUAUCCCACAAUCUUAUCCACCGCCUGCUCCCCUAUCCAGCCAGGGCCAGCCUGUCCGCACCUACCAUUCAGAGCCUGAACCUGUCCUGGAACCGGCUCCGAGCCGUGCCCAAUCUCCGAGACCUACCCCUGCGUUACCUGAGCCUGGAUGGGAACCCUCUGGCUACCAUCAACCCAGGCGCCUUCAUGGGGCUGGCGGGCCUCACCCACCUUUCACUGGCAAGCCUACAGGGUAUCCUCCAGCUACCACCCCAUGGCUUCCGAGAGCUCCCAGGCCUUCAGGUCCUGGACUUGUCUGGUAACCCCAAGCUCAAGUGGGCAGGAGCCGAGGUAUUUUCAGGCCUGGGUUUGCUGCAAGAACUAGACCUGUCUGGCUCCAGCCUGGUGCCCCUGCCUGAGACGCUGCUACAUCACCUCCCUGCUUUACAGAGUGUCAGUGUAGGCCAAGAUGUGCAGUGCCGGCGUCUGGUACGGGAGGGUGCCUACCACCGCCAACCCGGUUCCAGCCCUAAGGUAGUCCUGCACUGUGGAGACACCCAGGAAUCUGCCAGGGGCCCAGACAUCUUGUGACGAAUGGUGUGGCCUGAGGCCACUUGACAGACUGCUGUCCUGGGCUUGCUCAGGUCCCCACUAAUAUUUUAAUGUGCCAAUGCCUGUGGAGUGUCUACAGGUCUAAGUGGCAGCCAUCUCAGUGAAGAUGUGGGCCAAGGAUAGUUUUCAUACCUAGGGCCUAUACCCAAUAACAGAAUCUGCCCGCUUGUCUCAGCGGCUCACUUCCCUGAGCUAUGAGCAAAGGGACUUCGAUGCCAAACCAGACUUUGGUCCCUUCCUGAGCCCUGCCCCAGUUAUCUCUAAGUGCCUUCCCUUUUGCCCAGACUGACCUGACCCAUGAUGUAAGGACCGUAGGGGAGCACCACCACUGCAAAGGCUGACUAAGGUCUGUUGGGCUAAAGGUCUCUUUGAGCCCAGUGUCUAUAGUCACACCUUCUUUGCUCUGGGCCCAGGAGGCCUACUUCUUCUUUUUCUCGUGGAAUCCUGGAAUCUUAAAGAUAAAAGAACCUAGAAAGAAAAUCAAACCCAUUUUCCUUGUGGGGCAGAUGGUAAUAUGGGACUGAGAACAGCAAACCUGGGGUCUUGGAGAGGAGCCCAGCCUCCUGUUGAGGUUGAGAGCUCUGUCACCCUCCCUUCCCCUGCUGGGUACCCUGUUACUAUUGUCUGUACUGUUUUCCAUUGUGCCCAGCAGUAGCAACAACAAGGUCACAGAGGUGGGAACUCUAGGUCCAGUGGCCAGCUUAUGGUGUGAGCGUAGUCAGUCCCCCUUUCAGAGCCUCAGGAAGCUUGGAGCACCUCAGUCUCAAGCCUGUCAGUUCCUUACUCUGGGAUGACCCCCAACAUCAAGACUGGAAACAUACACAUUCUCCCCAGGGACACAGUCUUAAGAUGCUUUUCUAAGAAGUCAAUGCAGUUGUGACCAUGUGGCCAUGAGCUCCAAGGGACUCGUGGGCUUGGUGUCCAUGGGCCGGAGCCCAAAGACCCGCUUCCCCCUCCAAGAGUAUGGCAGAAAGGGUCUCCCAUGCACAUUGUGCUCCCCGCCAGGGCCACAUCUCAGCUCUCCAGCUCUGGAUUCUUUCUUCUGUUUUCAUUUUAUGAGUCGUUGUCUUUUUUAAAAUGAACUGUUUAACCCCCACCUCUGCUGGCCAGGGGAUGGAAAGGAAGAUAAAUGUAUUUGUUCGCUUUUGUAAGACUCUGUUCUGGGUGUGGGCUGGGGAUCUUGGGAAGAAGCCAGUUGGCUAUCAGUAACCAUGUGGGCAUUGGGGCUGGUCCCUGGGAUGCUCAAAAGUCAGUGAGAGCUCUGUCUUCUCACACUAGCCCAGCCCAGCCCACCCCGUGACUGGUCCUUGGUUUAAUAAACACAUGUAAGAGCUCUUUCCAUCA